AUGGCCUUCAUCACGAUCGUCAAGGCCAUCAUCGCACGCUCGCUCUUCUGCCUCCACUCCUUCAUCGCCGUGUGGAAGCUGGUGGACAUCAUGGACGGCCAGGUGGGCUACUGGUACCUGGUCGGCCUCCUCAUGCUACAGGCCUUCGAGGGGAUCGUGUCCAUCUGCGCCAGGAACGGGGAGGAGAUGAAGUGGUUCUGUCCAUCUGUGUUCCUAUACCUGGUGUCUGUUGUACCGACUGUGUGGCUCAUGGUACUCGGUGUCAACGCAGAAGCAAGGAAGGAAUUGAGUGCCUCAUAUAACAAGACGGUGGAGAGGCACGACCAUGCACCGGCGGUUGCUAUCUCUGACGACGACUGGGUGAGGAUCCUGGUGCAGGUCCUCCUCGUUAUCCUGCUCAUCGGCCGCUGGCUUCUUCCCAAAGGCGAGCUGACCCGCGAGCAGUUGUCGCAGCUGCUGCUCGCCUACAUGGCCAUGGCGGCUGACAUCAUCGAGCUGUUCGACUGCUUCAAGAUGGAAACCGUCGUCUACCACCACGAGCUCAUCUUCGCCACGCUGGGCAUCUGGACGUGGUCGCUCCUGCAGUUCACCCUCGUGCUGAGUGCAACCCACGCCCCCAAGACGCGCCCGUCCAUCAACUACCCUCCGCCCAAGGACAUGAUCGACGAGAUGACGCCCGUCGAUCGCAUGGUCCACGACUUCGGGGAGAACGACGGCCUCCUACGCCCCUCCGUCAGCUGCUCGCCCAACAUCGACCUCUUCCUCGACAUGGACAUCAUCGCUAUCCUGACGACGGUCUUCAUGCAGGACGGACCUUUCUUCUUGCUGAGAUUGACGUUGAUCUUCGGGUAUAAAGUGGUCAGUUACCUAAACAUCUUCUUCACCUGCAAGAACACGCUGCUUGUGUCUCUUCAACUCUACAGACUCUUCGUCCUUAUCUCGAAGAAGAGAAUCGUUAUUCAGAAGCGAAAGGAGUGCCUUAGGAAGAACAGCCUUGCUUGUGCCAGUGUGGAGGAGGGACUUGGCUCUGGCGGUGAAGAUAACACUGAAGUCCCCAAAGAACGAUCGCCGUCGCAGGAAAAGCCCCUUCCCCCGCCUCCUGAGGACGUCUUCGUCGAUCAGUCUGUGGAACAAGCGCUGCUGGAGAUCUUGGAAGUAAUCGGGGAAGACAACGUGAUCAAAGAAAUCGAGAAGAUGGCUCAGCUUCCCCAAGAGGAAAUCUUGCAGUCCAGAAAGAGCACCGCGAGCCUGAAGACCAUCGCCGAGCCGGUGUCCAGUUCAGCCUCCAGGAAAGUGUCGAUGAUCCAGCCCCAGAUCUGCUCUCCGCCGGACUCGGGCUUCCACAACCAGAACGGAGGGCCGUGCGUGCGCACUGUCCGCCGAGGGACGAAGAAGCAGCAGAGCGUCUCCAAACGCAAUCAGGAGUACAUGAAGCGCAUGGAGGACUUCCAGCCCUUCUACGCCGGCAGCGACUGUGGGAGCUUCAGCGACACAGAUGUAAACAACGAGCAAGCUCCCUUUUACCAUCAGGGUGGCUGUGUGAGCGGGUCGUCGACUAGUCUCGUAGAGCCGAAGGCAGACGGUCGGCGACGACAAGGCUGGACCACGAUUCGAGAUCGCUUCUUGCACAACGACCCGCACCUCAGGGACACGCAAUGGCGGGCCUCCGCGCCGACGAGCCUCCAUCGGGAGUCCUCCAGGAGGUCUACGCAUCCUCUGGGAGCUUCACCCUGCCCCCCUUACGAGUACUCCUACAGCCCGCAACCACACCGGCGCUCCAGACACCCGAGUAAGGCCAGUAAAACGGGAGGCUCAGGAACCAUUCACCGCUCGAACACCACGCUCCACCACAGCGCCAGCGUCAAUGACUUCCGCCAGACGAAGUACACCUGCAUCUCCGAAUCGGACGCCGACACGCUCGAAACCAACGUCUGAUGGCGGGAAAUUGUCUCCAGAAUUGUCUUCUUUCUUUUUAAGGAAAAUUGUCUUUCCCAAUUUUCCUUCCAUCAUCAUUUCAUAUUUCCCUUUUUUUCUGCUACUCUAUGUGAUUCUAUUUUGGAUGUUUAAAGAUAUCUUGCAAAGCAAAAACUUUUUUUUUUAUAUACACCGAUCCAUAAUAUAAUUUAAGACUCGCAGACCACACCACUAAAUCUUGAAGAUGCGUGUCUUCAAUUUUACAUUGUUUGAAUGUUUGUCUGGUCACUUUGAGUAAGUUUAUAAUGUUCCCCAAUAAAGCAUUUUACCGUUUUCCCUUUUCCUUUAAUUUAUCUUUUUGUUAAUUUAUGACUAGUUGCUUCCUUGAAAAAACGAUUGUAUUUGUGAACAGAC